AUAAACGAAGCUUUGCUUAUUAACGAUAAAUAACUGUAAAUAAUUUUUAUCGAUUUUAUUGAAAGAGAUAUUUUUAAAAAUAAAAUACUUUUAAAGAUUUUAAAUUUGAAUUCUGGGCUGAAAUAUGGCUACCAAUGGCCGAGUAAACCGCUGCUGUGGCUGUCCUGGGUUUUUUAAGCGUCACCUACCAGACAGCCACAAUGAAAUACAUUCGGCAGCUCUUGUCAAAGGAACUAUCGCUGAAUUUCUCGGUACAUUAAUCUUGGUCACAAUUGGCUGUGGGACGUGCCUGGCAAAGGACUGGGAGAAGGACACACCGACCACAGUCCAGAUUAGUUUGGCGUUUGGUCUGGCGGUAGCUGCGGUGGGUUGGUGUUUCGGACAUGUUGACGCGGGGCACGCCAAUCCAGCUGUCACCACGGCGUUGUUUGUCUCUAGGAAGAUCAGUUUGGUGCGAUGGAUCUUCUACGUGUUCAUGCAGUGUGCUGGAGCAAUUUUGGGUGCAGAUAUCCUGUUGAAAUUGACGCCGUCAUCUGUGAACGGCACCGAACUGGGCAGUCCAUCCAUCAAUGUCGCCAACACAGCCUUUCAAGGUUUUGUGGUCGAGGCCUUCAUCACAUUCGUCCUAGUGCUGACGAUUUUUACAUGCUGCGACAAGAAUAGAAAGGAACUUCACUGCAUUCGGCCGAUCGCAAUUGGACUUUGUGUCACUAUGUGCCACCUCUUCGCGUUGAAAUACACCGGAUCAAGCAUGAACCCCGCUAGAGCCCUGGGGCCCCACGUGGUGGCGAGAGAGUUUGACCCCAACCACUGGGUCUACUGGGUGGGACCGAUGGUCGGUGGCGUCCUGGCUGGUUGCAUCCACGAGUUGAUACUUGCAG